AUGAAGCUGGUAAACCUUUACCAUACACCGGCUGUGCUGCUGUGGCUAUUGACGCUUAAUGCCGGUGUUCAACCCGGGUUAGCUUGGUUCGACGUUGGUAAAGUGAUUGAUAAUGUAUCUGGUGCGGUUAAAACAUCUUACCAGUACGCUAAAAAGAAUGGAUAUUGCAAGUUGACUGAAUGUUGCGAUGAGGUUCACAUCCAUUCCGACGUAACAGAACUGCGCAGGGCGCUAGAGAAAUCAUUAUACGGACAGCACAUUGCCGAACAGGUGGUUGUCAAUGCCAUCGGUGGACACUUCAAAAAUAUCGAAAAUUCCGAAAAGCCUUUGGUGAUGAGCUUGCAUGGACUACCGGGAACGGGAAAAAACUUUAUCGCGGAGCACAUCAUCCGGGCACUGUACAAACACGGUGCAAACAGUAAAUUCGUCCACAAAUAUCUUGGCAGAAUACACUUUCCGCUACAGAGUGAGGUUGAAACGUACAAGAUAAAUCUGGUGAGCGAUAUCAAGACAGCCAUUGCGCGGUGUCCCAAAUCAUUGUUCAUCUUCGAUGAGGUCGAAAAAAUGCCAGUCGGUUUGUUUGACUCGAUUGUGACCCUACUCGACCAUCAUGCAUACACGAAGCAGCUAGACUUCCGGCAAUCGAUAUUCAUCUUUCUCUCGAACGUUGCUGGACCGGAGAUAGCGGACAGAUUGAAAAGUUUGGUUGACCGUGGCGUUUGGCGCGAGGAAACCAAGCUGCACGAUUUCGAAUCAACGCUCGAGAUAGCGUCGUACAAUCUGAUUGGAGGAUUGUAUAAAAGCGAGCUGAUUGAGUCGCAUGUGAUCGAUCAUUUUGUGCCAUUUUUACCGCUCGAACUGAGGCACGUGGAAAGCUGCAUUAGGACGGAAUACGCUAAGUUUAGCAAGGCAAAAAUGAGCGAUGAAAUGCUAAGCACCAUUGUUAAAGAAGGAAUAACUUUCGAUGAAACGGGUCUUUAUUCAAACAACGGGUGUAAGCGAGUUACUAAAAAGGUUGAGGCAUUAUAUUAUAGGGGAUUGCGCAAGCAGCAGCAAAAGCAAGAAUUGUAA